AAAAAAAAAAAAGUAAGAAUUUUUUUAUGAUGAAACUGGCCAUUUUUCUUCUAAUUUUCGUCGUGUCUGUUACGAUUUCUAAUGCAUUUGAAGUUAAGCGACAUAAGCUGAUUGGUGCAGUAAAAAUUGUUAAACGAAGAUCGAUUGUUUUUGAUGAUGUUGACCCUGCAAGUACUUGUUCAACUGCUCAAAAGUUUUCAACAUUUUGUGCUACAAGUCCGUCUUGUGAAUCCAAUGGACAAAUUUUCCAAUGCUUGCCAAAUGGAAAGUACUCACUAACGACAUGUAAAAACCAAAAGCCAUAUUGCGUUGGAAGUGGUGGAUUUUCUUUUUGUAGCAGUGAACCUGAUGCAACAGCAUGUGCUAGUGAAUAUUAUCAGUGUCUCGGAAAUGGGGUUUAUCCUGAACUUGAUAGUUGUCGCUCAUAUUACAACUGUUCAUUAAAUGCUGAUGAAACUGCUGUUACUGCUCAAAAAUUUACAUGCGAUAGAGGCUUUGUUUUUAAUCCAAUUAAGGGAUGUACUAGAGGUUUAUGUAACAAACCUGCAUGCCGCAAUAAUAAGAGAACUGUUUGGCGUCCAUUGAACUAUCUUGGAUUUGAUCGAAACCGUAUGGGACUUUUAUGUGUUGCUGGAAAUCCAACAUUUAUAUAUUCAUGUCCAAAUAACAUGCAACUUGAUCUUGAUUCAACAAGUGAACCAAAGUGCAUCCUUAAAUGUACAUUGAGAACUCAAAUUGCUCCAAGCUUAGACGACAAUACAAAAUACUUGCAAUGUAAAAGAGGAAAAGUCGAAGAAAAAUAUUGUGACCCUGAUUUUAUUUUUGAUUCUUAUAAAUUGAAAUGCAUAAAAUCGCAAACUACUACCACUACCUCUACUGAAGGAACAACACCUGUCGAAUCAACUAGCAUAGAUCCACAAACCACUUCUCAGCCAUCAACAAAUCCAAACACAGAUCCACAAACUACUUCUCAGCCAUCAACAAAUCCAAGCACAGAUCCACAAACCACUUCUCAACCAUCAACAAAUCCAAGCACAGAUCCACAAACCACUUCUCAGCCAUCAACAAAUCCAAGCACAGAUCCACAAACCACUUCUCAGCCAUCAACAAAUCCAAGCACAGAUCCACAAACCACUUCUCAACCAUCAACAAAUCCAAGCACAGAUCCACAAACUACUUCUCAGCCAUCAACAAAUCCAAGCACAGAUCCACAAACCACUUCUCAGCCAUCAACAAAUCCAAGCACAGAUUCACAAACCACUUCUCAACCAUCAACAAAUCCAAGCACAGAUCUUCCAACGACCACCAUUGGUGCCACAACAACUGACAUAUCAACAACUGUUUAA